AAAAUAUAAUUAUUUUACGAACGUGUGUCAAUUUAGCUCGUUAUUUAAUAACAUUUAAUUAAUGGAACAGCUAUUAAUAAUGGUAUUUUGCGACAUAUAGUUGUUUAAUUAAUCAUAAGAUCGAAAUCUGAAAUCCAUCUGGAGGACAAUUAAAGGAGCAAAAAAAAUGUGGUAGUUUACCCUUUUAAUUAAUGGAUGUUAACUUAUUCCCUUUGGAGAACACAAUGAACUGUUGCUAUGAACUGUAAAGUUACUCAUUUUUAUAUUUUCAAGAGUGGUCUAAGAUUUAAUAUGUCGUAACAUUAAAGUGUUAAAAGUGUUCUUGCCAAAAAUGGGUUUCUCCAGUAGCUUGCAAGGCCAAGCUUCGCACGAAGCUUUACUGGGCCGGCAAGAUGCUGAGAUCAAACUUUUGGAAACAAUGCGAAGAUGUCUUACUUCAAAGGUCAAAUCCGAUAGAGAGUACGCUUCAACUAUUUCAUCGCUAAGUGUUCAAGGCAAAAAAGUUGAACGUAGCGAAGAUUUAGUUGGCAGCUUAAUAGCUCAGAGCUGGAGAGACAUAAUGGAAUCUAUAGAUCAAAAAGCUAAGUUAAUCAAGCAGCAAGCAGAUUCUAUGGAGAAUAUUGUUGUGGAACAUAUAUCUUCUCUACAUGGCGAAAGAAGACGAGCUAGAAAAUUAUAUCAGGAAGAACAAGUUUGGUUAAAUAAUCAGUUUCAGCAGUUAACAGAUGAAGUAACUCGAAAAAAGGCAGAAUAUCAGAAAAAUCUUGAGAUGUAUAAAUUAAUGAGAUCUCGAUUUGAAGAACAUUAUGUAAAAUCUGGAAGAGGAGGACGAAAAUUGGAUGAAGUUAGAGAAAAAUAUCAGAAAGCAUGUCGUAAAUUACAUUUGACUCAUAAUGAGUACGUAUUACUUUUGGGUGCAGUUACUGAAUGUGAACACGAUUUAAGAACUUGUUAUUUGCCUAGUCUUCUUCAAAGACAACAGGCUAUUCAUCAGGAAUUUGUCAUAGCCUGGAAAGGAAUACUACAGGAUAUUGUUAAAUAUACAGAUUUUACAAAUGAAAAAUUUUUAGAAAUUCACACUCGUAUGCAAAUAGCUGUCGAUACUAUAAAACCCAUAGAAGAAUACAGAGAUUUUAUAGGAAAACAUAGAACUAGACCAGCAUCUCCGAUAAGGUUUAUUUUUGAUGAAAAUUUGGUGGAUGAUACAUCGGGGAAACUACUGCCCAACAAACUGACAGUCGACAAUUUAACAAUAGAUUGGUUAAGAAAUCGAUUAACAGAAUUAGAAACUUCAUUAAAAGUAACGCAGUUAGGUCGACAAACUACACAAUCUACCGCCGAAAACAAUUGCGAUAUAAAAUCGACUUUAGAUUAUACACAGGAACGUGAAGAACUUAGGUUACGCUGUCAAGAAAGAAAAUUACAAAGACAAGCUGAAGUUAUUAGAGGUGCUUUAAAUGAACUCGGCUGUGAAGAAUUACCAUCUGGAUGUGAUCUUUCUAUGGAAGGUUCAUUUACAGAGCCAAUAAAUAAGGUACCUCAACGUGGAAUCUCCAAUUGCAAUAAUCAAAAAGGAAACGGAAAUGGUGGUCUUAUGGAAGAGGAAUGGUUUCACGGAGUUCUACCACGAGAAGAAGUUGUACGGUUAUUAGUUAGCGAAGGAGACUUUCUAGUGCGUGAAACUACUAGAAACGAUGAGUGCCAAAUUGUUCUAUCCGUCUGCUGGGAUGGUCAUAAACAUUUUAUCGUUCAAACUACGCAAGAGGGACAUUUUCGAUUUGAAGGACCUACAUUUCCUUCAAUUCAAGAACUUAUAACGCAUCAACUCAAAUCUGGGUUACCGGUAACUAGUCGAUCAGGAGCCAUAUUGAAAACUCCAAUUUCUAGAGAGCGAUGGGAGCUUAAUAACGACGAUGUUUUAUUGUUAGAAAAAAUUGGCCGCGGUAAUUUUGGGGAUGUUUAUCGAGCAUUGUUAAAAACAUGCAAGACUGAAGUAGCUGUUAAAACGUGUAAAGUAACAUUGCCCGAUGAACAAAAGAGAAAGUUUCUUCAGGAAGGUAGAAUCUUAAAACAAUACGAUCAUCCAAAUAUUGUAAAACUUAUAGGAAUCUGUGUACAAAAGCAACCUAUAAUGAUUGUUAUGGAAUUAGUUCCAGGUGGAUCGUUAUUAACGUAUUUAAGAAAAAAUGCAGCUAGUAUAACACAAGUUGAACAGCUUCAAAUGUGUAAGGCCAAAUUUUGUAUUCAUAGAGACUUGGCUGCUCGAAAUUGUCUUGUAGGGUACGAGUCAAUAGUUAAGAUCUCAGAUUUUGGUAUGUCACGAGAAGAAGAGGAGUACAUUGUAUCGGACGGUAUGAAGCAAAUCCCUAUUAAGUGGACAGCUCCAGAAGCACUUAAUUUUGGUAAAUACACUUCCCUCUGUGAUGUUUGGAGCUAUGGUGUACUCAUGUGGGAGAUUUUUUCUAAAGGGGGAUAUCCAUACAGUGGAUUAUCUAAUUCUCAAGCUCGUGAAAAAAUAGACGGAGGGUAUCGAAUGCCUGCUCCAGAGGGUACACCCGAUGAAAUUUAUCAUCUUAUGCUACGAUGUUGGGAAUACGAACCGGAGAAAAGACCACACUUCGAUCAAAUAUAUUCUGUUAUCGACACUUUAAAACAAGCUUACAAAUUAGUACAAGCUUAA